AUGUGCCUUCUGGGGCUUUCGGGGAUCUUCUUCGAGAUACUCGGAGCCCGAGGUUCGCCGGAGAUGAUGUCUGACACGAAGGAAGAGACGGUCGGGAUGAGUUUGAAACUGAAACGAUACCUCAACCAUGGGGGAUCAUCACCGUGUCCCAUACCCAUAUUGCAUUCCGCUGGUUACCUACCCCCUGCGUCCGAAGUUUCCACCCACCACGUACCGCCAACGUAUCACAGUCCGUUGAUAAUUCCGACUUAUCACCAUACACCGAAGGUGGUAAUGGCGGAAUACCAAAGACCAGUGAUUCCGAAAAUGAUUUACCAAACGAUUCAGAGACCAGCAGUGCAUCACGCAGCCUACAAAGUUGAACCGAUCGCCAAACACCAGGUUCAAUACAUCCAGCAGCCAAUUUACGCUCCGAUUGUAAAAGAGCAGUCAAUUUCCUACGUGAAGCCGAUUCAGCAUAUUCAGCCAGUGCAGCUCAUUCACCCGGUAAAAACGCCGCUUGUCAAAGAGAUUCCAUGCGAAGAUGGUAAGCAUUUGGGAACGUUCGUUGUGCCCGGUAAACCGAUGGUCAAACCGCUGAUGCAAACACAGUCCUAUUACCCAAAGCAAGUGUUCCAACAGAUCUCUUACCUGCCUCCAAAACACCUAACCCAACCUAAACCCAUCUAUUUCGCCCCGGCUCAUACGAACAAGCAUACCAGCGUGGAUAUUGUUUAUAAAACAGAGCAACAACCAAUCGUCAAAGUUUCUGCACCAGCGUCGCCGCAUGUUGACUGCGAGAAAAUACAUCAACCUCGAAUUUCUUACGUAAAUAUACAUCAGCCAGUCGUGCAGAAUGCUCACCAGCCGAUGCUUCAAUACGCCCCAAACUAUCAUCAGCCAAUGAUGCAUUACGUUCAGAAGAUACAUCAGCCGGUGCACCAGCCGAUGGUUAAUUACGUUCAAAAAAUUCAUCAACCCGUGUUUCACGUCGCGCCGAAAAUCCAUCAGCCAAUUGUACAUCAACCGAUAGUUCACAUUCCGUUAAAAAUUCAUCAACCUGUGGUGCAGAAUGCGGUUGUUCACUAUGCGCAACAUCCUGUAUCAUCUGUUGCGCCACGAGUUGAUUACGCGGUCGGUGGACAUUAUCAGUCAAAAAUCAUCAAUGUUAAUCAACCUUGCCAUAAAUGA